UCGUUUAUCUCUUUGGAAUGAACACAGUUGGAAGAGUGAGUGUGAGACAAACCAUGGUAGUCUCAAUCAGCACUUGAACUCCUCCCGUGAUUGAUUGUUAAGAGAACACAGAAAACCUUGCUUGGGUUCUAGUUUAUGUAUUGCCUUUCCUGGUCAUCUUGAUUGAUUUAGCGACUAUUCGAAAUCCCCGCAUCUCGCAACGACUUUCCCGGUAGCAGAUUAGCAACAAUAGUACGAUAGCCGAAUACAGGGUCAUUCAUCUUCUAGACCUUCGUUAUUUCGUGAAAGCCUCCUUGUAGGAGACUUUGGGUUCCUAAUUGAGGCUUCACGCAAUACAGCUAUCAACCAACGAACCAACGAACCAACGCCCACCAUGGCCGAUAUCACCCCACCCGAUCCAAUUGACGAGGAGUCGCUUGGCGUCGUGCCACUCGAGAGCCGUCCUAAGGAGAAGCGCCGCCAGAGACUUCUCCAAGGCAUUCAGCGCAUGUCUUCUUCUCCUUCGUUACAACAAACCGGUCGUUCUCGGUCUGCAAGCUCCCCGUACAGCAUGCGAGGUAGCUUAUCAUGUGCGAGUCUCGCUGCGACGCCUGCUUUCGGACAAUCCACUUCUGGCAGCGUUACGCCGGGCUAUUUUUCGAACGGCCAGUCUUCCAUACCCGGCAGCCCGGCAGCUGAGCACCCUAAGUUCGACGGCAUUGAAACUCGUAUAGCACGUAAAGUUCCUAAUGUUUCUACGACGCAAUUAAACCCGACUACCGUCUCUCUACCCGUUGAUGUCACGGCUACGAGGUCUAGAUCCAGCACGGUUCGGAAACUACCUUUUGACUUCUGGGCCAGAAUGCCCGAUGAGAUUCGACUUCACAUUUUUUCCUACCUCCGGCCGAAAGAGCUCAUUCGUAUUUCGCGUACAAGCAAGGAAUUCCAGAAGUUCUGUUUUGACGGUCAAUUAUGGACCCAUUUCGAUGCUACUGAGUUCUAUAUGGAAAUACCUGCGGAGGCUUUAGCCAAGAUCAUUCUUGCGGCAGGCCCUUUUGUGAAAGACCUCAAUAUCCGCGGGUGUCUCCAGAUUGAGCAUUACAAGCGAGCCGAGGUCAUUGUCACGGCCUGCAAGAAUCUGAUCAACGCAACUUUAGAGGGGUGUCGAAACUUUCAACGGACCACUUUGCACAGUCUCAUCAAAUCUAACGAGGGGCUUGCCAACUUGAACCUUACAAGCAUGACAGCGGUAACAAAUAGCACAUGCAAGAUUAUUUCUCAGCAUUGCCCCCAGCUUGAAACCCUCAAUGUCUCGUGGUGCAAGUACAUGGAUGCUCGGGGGGUCAAGAUGGUAGUUCUUGGGUGUCCAAGGCUACGAGAACUAAGAGCUGGAGAAAUUAAAGGCUUUAACAGCAUUGGGGUAGCAGAGGCUAUAUUCACGACGAACAAGCUCGAGCGGUUGGUGUUAAGUGGUUGUGUGGACCUCGACGACGAAGCUUUCACAACCAUGAUCCAUGGUACUGAACCCGAAAUCGAUAUCUUAACGGAUCGACCGGUAGUUCCACCGAGGAAACUUCGACAUCUAGACCUAAGCCGGUGCUCACAGCUGACUAGCCAAGCUGUAGGUGUGUUGGGUCACCUCGUUCCUGACCUACAAGGUUUACAAUUAAGCGGAUGUACCUCGUUGACCGACGCGGCUCUGCAGCCAAUUCUUGCCUCGACUCCUCGUCUUACCCACCUGGAAUUAGAGGAACUAUCAGAACUGACCAACGAUUUACUCUCCGAGCACCUAGCUAAAGCCCCAUGCGCUCCGAAGCUUAAGCAUCUUUCUGUAAGCUACUGCGAAAAUCUCAGUGACAUUGGUAUGUUGCCUGUUAUGAAAAAUUGCGUCAGCCUGGAGAGUGUGGAUAUGGAUAACACACGAAUCGGCGACCUGGUUCUCACAGAAGCUGCGGCUAUGGUUAGGUCUCGGUCAGCUAGGACACCUCUAUCUACUUCACGUCCUCAUAUUGGCCUUAGGCUGGUCGUAUAUGACUGCCAAAUGGUGACGUGGACCGGUAUCCGAGAGAUCUUAUCUUGGAACGCCGAAAUCCGGCGACCUUCGGAAAGAUCGACUACAUAUCCUACCGAGAUCAUAGGUCUCAAAUGUUUCUACGGGUGGCAGCAGACAGUAGAGCAGCACACACAGCGGGUGCUGAAGGGUGACUUUGCUGCCGCUGCGAGACUGGAGAGGAAGUGGGCAGAUUACAUGCAAGCUGUCGAGGAAGCAGGGGCCGGCGGCGCUGGCUCACGGCGGCGCCGUCGUCGCGCUCGGGCCGCUCAGAUGCUACAUGCUGAUGAAGAAGGAGGACCUGCCGCAGGUCGCCGUCGGGCACGAACCGUAGCGGCUAAUUGCGUUGUCAUGUGAUCCCGUUGUUUUUAUGGCGUAUAUCGGUGCAUCAUAAACCAUACUGUCGGAGUUGGAGGCUCUAACCAGGUCGGGCCUGGUUAUCACUUAUUCACUUUUUACGGAGUUAGUUCAUUUGCAAUUUUUGGCUGGCUGUACGGGAGUUAUUAACGGCGUUUUCUUAUUGCUGCCAUCGUAGGCAUCAAUCUACCUAUAUGUCUGUCCCGUUGAGAAGAAUGUCGUUGCGUAGUGUAUUUGUCGGUGUAUUGGGGACGGAUUGGUAGUCCGUUCACGUCUCCCUUUGAGAUCCAGAAUUCAUAGGGUAUGUAUGUUACAUACCGCUUGCAGCUCUUGUUGGCUCUUCAUUCGAGUCCGUCUCUACUGGUGGUGUCAUACUUUUUUAUAUAGAUUUACGGGGAGAGGGGGGCUUUUGUAUAUUUCAGUAUGCCGAGUAUCAGUGCUAUGAAUUGGAAAGAUAGAUUCUACGUCCUAUGACACCUCUUAUGAGCUCUACAGACUAUAACCAUUUAGAGGGCAUAUUUCUGAACGACAGUCAAUUUAUAAAUAUUUCUGGGCGAUUAAAAUAAGUUACAUCAUAGAAUCACCCUGAAAUGCCGUCAUUGAAUCCCAAACAACACGAGAUGUGAAAUGAAAGCGCGCAAAUU